AUGUCUGAUGAACAGGUCAAAGAGCCGUUACCAGAGUUUGCUGGAAGCAGUUUUGAAGAAAUUCAUCCAGUUCCAGUGGAGGUAGGAACCCCAGUGGUAUUUUUACCUCAUAAUCCGCUUUCUGGCGUGGUCGACAUAAAAAGCCUUUAUGACUUUGAGGCCUGGACCUCAGAGGAAGUCACAGUAUCCACAGUCCAAUUGGCUGAGACAGAGAGUCAUUUUGAGGACCAUGGGAAUGGCAUUUUGGUUGGGGUGGAGGAGGUGGAAGUGGUGGAGGAAGCAGAGACCAAGGCCGAAGCCAAAGCCCAGGCCGAAGCCCAGGCCGCCGCCGAGGCCCAGGCCGCGGCCGAGGCCGGGACAGAGACCGAUACUGAUACCGAUACCGAUAGUGACACAGAGACUGGGACUGAUACCGAGAGCGACAGUGAUAGCGAGAGUGAGGGGGAAGCUGAAGGUGAAAGUGAGGGCGAAGUUGAGGACAAAAUGCAGAGCAGUUCUUGUGCAGCCGUAGAAAUGCAGCUGGAUCCUGUGGAGACUCAGCCUUGGCCAGAGGAGGAAAUUUAUGGCCGCCUACAUAUGUAUAAGACUUCCAAAAUGGCGACUGUGAAAGAAAGAGUGAUGAUAUACAACUACAUGUUAGGUAUUCUCAACAUACCAGCCUCGGUGACUCGUCCUAACCUCCACAACUUCUUGGCGCCGUUCCAAGAAGCCAUUAAUGAAGUAAAAAUUAUUAAAGACGCCACCCCCAGCCGCUAUAUGGCACUGAUCAAAUUUAACGCAAAGGAUGUUGCUGAUACUUUUUACAGCGUGUACAAUGGCUGUUCCUUUAACCAAAAAAACAAUGAGGUAUGUCAGCUGGUUUAUGUGGGAAGAAUUGAAGUGAUAAAAGCAGGAGAUGGGGUCCGCUUUCCAAUGAAGAGCCUUAUAGAACUCCCUAGAUGUACUAUAUGUCUCGAGAGAACUGGAGAUUCCAUGAAAGGCAUCCUCACCUGGUUUUGUGACCAGAGCUUUGAGGGUGGGAGUCACCAGAGCCAGGAUGAUAUCAUGUGCCCAGUAUGCAGUUACUGCCAUAUUCCCUGGAGAGAAGAACCCAGGUGUUUGGAGUGUGGCAUUAGGGAAUGCCUCCAUAUUUGUUUGAUUUGUGGCCUUGUUGGAUGUGGACAGAAUCUGAGGGGACACGCUAACAAGCACUUUGAUGAAACGCAGCAUGCAUAUGGGAUGCAGCUAAAUAACUACAAAGUCUGGGACUAUGUUGAAAAUAAUUAUGUCCAGGCAGGCUUGUGCCAGUGUUCUAACAAUGCAGGACAAUAUGGGAGAAAGACUAAUGAAAGAAUUGAUACUACACAGCUGGAAUACUCAUAUUUACUCUCAAACCAGCUUGAAUCGCAGAAAAUUUUUUGGGAAAAGAAGAUAGAGCACCUAGAGAAAGAGACCCAUGAGGAAAUUUCCACUAUGAAGCUGAAACUGAACUCAACAAUUGAGAAAUAUAAUAAAAUGGAAUAUAAAGUUAAUGCCUUGCUAAAAGAAAAGCAAGCGAUGGACAAAAAGUGUGCACAUCUGAGAACAAAAGUGGCCAGGCUGUGCAGUGAGCUACAACAGGAGCAAGAAACAAACAAGCGUCUGAGAGCAAAUCAAAUACUCUUGCAAAAGCAGCUGAAGGAGGAGAAAGCGCAGAAGGAAUCCUGCUACAAGAAAGAAAUGCAGAUUAAUGAGAUCCAGGAGCAGCUGCGGGGAGUCAUGUUCUACCUAGAGACCCAGCAGAAAAUCAACACUCUGCCCACUUCGCCCCCUCUGCCUCUUCUGCCCGGUGAGACCAAACAGGAGAUCCAAGAGGGACAGAUGAACCUUGCCAUGGCUGACCCUGGAAGCAUUCCAACCGGAACAGGAAGUGACAUGUGCCUUCAUGGCAAAAAGAACUUGUGA